UUAUUACUCUUUAUUGUUUUCAUUAUCAUAAUUUUACUGUUUAUUCCAUGAUUAAGAUAAAAAAUCUUUAUUUAUUAUUCCGAAUUAAGAUACUGUACCUUAGCAUAGAUUAAACAUGCGUAUGUUUAAUUUGUGUGUAAACUCUAUAAAGUAUAAACAUUUAUUCACUCCGAAUUAAAAAAAAAAGCCACUCUUUAGUCUUUAUUUUCAAAAAGUCUACUCUAAACUCUUCGAUCUACUGAAUACACUAAAAACUCUUCCAUUAUGAGUAAAGCACAUCCUCCAGAGUUAAAAAGAUACCUGGAUAAGAAAUUACAACUGAAAUUAAAUGCCAAUAGACAGGUAGCUGGUGUGCUUCGUGGUUUUGAUCCAUUUAUGAAUCUUGUAUUAGAUGAAACUGUAGAAAAACUCAAGGAUGGUGUUGUGAAAAGUAUUGGAAUGGUGGUUAUUAGAGGAGAUAGCGUUUUAACUAUAGAAGUAUUGGAUCGAAUUGAUUAACAUUAAACAUAUGUAUUCUGUUAAUAAACAAGAAAUAUGUUUAUAUAAUUAAUCUUAUAUAAUAAAUUGAAUUAGGUAUAAGAGUUCAUUAGCUUGUAUAUAUUAAUUAUGUAUAAAAACCAUUUUUUCUUAUACAUUUAUUACAUUUAAGUGACAUUAAUAUGGGUUUACAUAUUCUGAUUUUACAAAAUGUUAAACGAUACCAAAUUAACUGUAUUUACAAAAUAAAAAAAAAAAAAUCUUAUCAAUGCAAUAAUUAUUUAUAAACAAAUUCAGUACAGAUCAAAACAAUAAACUUCAAUAUUUUUUUCUGGUAACA